CUUUAGUCGCGUGCCGCCGGGGGGACACUGCAGACGAUAGCAGACGCCGUCCCGUGGCCGACCGCCCGACGCCGCCGACGACGAUCGUCACUUAAUCGCGCGAGUUUACGCCGCGCGCACGUUGCCACCCGCAGCAAACGUAACGGUUAUCAAAAAUCGAAAAUUUUUUUUUUGGCCCGUGGACAGACGUGAUGAGACGAUGAAUGGUAGCAAGCCACGUGGACGCCGCGCUCCGCCGAUGUGGUGCAAAGCGUUCGUCACGGUCGGAUUGCUCUGCGAGUUGGCACUGUCGGCCUCGCCACCAGUGAUUGCGGGUGAUCCGGAAUUUACGGAACCCAUAACGAACGUGACAGUACCUGCAGGACGUAGUGUAAAGCUAGGAUGCUCCGUCAGAAAUCUGGGAUCAUACAAGGUAGCUUGGAUGCACUUUGAACAGUCUGCCAUAUUGACGGUGAAUAGCCACGUGAUCACUAGAAAUCCAAGAAUUACCGUGUCCCACGAUAAGCACCGUACGUGGUUUUUGCACAUAAACAAUGUGCAGCAAGAGGAUCGAGGCCGUUACAUGUGUCAAAUAAAUACGAUCACUGCUAAGACUCAAAUCGGAUAUCUCAACGUUGUCGUACCGCCAUCGAUUUCCGACUCGUUAAGUAGUUCAGAUGCAAUAGUUCGAGAAGGAGCAAAUGUGUCGUUGACGUGUCACGUGGAUGGUUAUCCGAAACCAGAUAUCAAAUGGAAACGUGACGACGGUCUACAAAUCAACAUCAACAAGACCUUAAACGUGAGCGAAUGGGAGCAACCCACUUUGGAACUGCAUCGGAUCAGUCGGCUGGACAUGGGCGCCUACCUGUGCAUCGCCACAAAUUCGGUGCCCCCGUCGGUCAGCAAACGGAUAAAAGUCAGCGUGGAUUUCCCGCCGAUGCUGUGGAUACCGCAUCAGCUGGUCGGCGUACCGCUGGGCUACAACGUGACGCUGGAGUGUUACACCGAGGCGCACCCGACGUCCCUGCACUACUGGACCCGAGACAGCGGACAGAUGUUGCACGACAGCGGCAAGUACAAGGCCGUGUCCAUACAGGGCGCCCCGUCGUACAAGGUGCAGAUGAAGUUGACCAUCGUGGACGUGUCGCAGACCGACUACGGAGUGUACAAGUGCGUGGCGAAGAACUCGCGCGGCGAGACCGACGGCACGAUCCGGCUGUACACUUCACACCCACCCACUCUGGCACCAGAACUUCAGAGCACGGAGAAUCCCUCCCCUUCUGGCAUCCCAGCUUUAGGUCCACAAUGGACGACCGAUGGGAGUAACGAUUUAGAAAACGGUACGUCGAACAACACGAACGGAAAAGGAGGGAAAAAAGACGAUAAUUCCAUUUUGAACGAGAUCACUCGAUCCGGUCAGACGUACAGCAAACCUAACAGGCCAGACAUCAUCAAAAAUUCGACGCCAAGACUGAUUCCGACCAUAACCGUGCUGGUCUUGACGGCCGCUGUCCGACUGUUGUCCAGGCGACGAGAACGGAUGAUGUAAAAUAAUAUGGUUUUCGCACUUUUUUGAAAUACCAAUAAAUGAUUAACGUAAACAAAAAAAAACAAUAUUAAAUUAUCCAUACAUAUUAUUAUUACAAACAAUAUAAUUAUUAAUAAGCUCAACUUCCUCGUCCACUUCUUCCUUAUCCGGCACGUAUUAUUAUUAUUAUUAUUA